AUGCCACAAUCAAGUUUUGGCAAAGAAAGUCAAGAUGAUCAUCAUGAGGAGGAGCCAGCACCAGUGACGCUUCCAUACGAGGCGCAGCUGCCAGCCCACCUGUCAUAUGAAUCAGCAGCUGCCAGAGCUACCGGUAGGAUAUCAUUGCUGCUGUCCUCUUCGCCAUUCGCUCUCCUUCCACCAGCACACUUGUCAGUACCACCUUUUGGUCUCGCUUCGUUGUUAGCCAGUGAUACUAUAUAUCAGCACCGAGGACAUCAUGUUGAGCCUCCUUCCAAUAUUGCCGAAAAGCCAUUUGUCGUCCAAAAGGCUGUUGUUGUAAAUCAAUACAAGGCAGACUACAGUCGUGAGAAAGAGCGGAGACAAAUGCGACCGCCUGUUUUGCAAGUGGGAAACUACAAACGGUUUGAAACGUCCAUUCCCAAGGAUGCGGAGCUGGUCUUAAUACCCACCCAACAGGAUGUGGUCUUUGGCCGAGGCAAGGGCUCUCAUGAUCGCCCCGGAAACCUACGAAUGCGAGCCAUUAUUCGUUCUCACAAGAAUGAGUACGCGGAAGCUCGGAAAUCCAAAAAGAGAGAGAUUGCCGAACUAGUAUACUCGGAAAUCACCCAAGAUGGGGCAAGAUUUUUAUACCAGAACCAAGAAAAAAACGCCUAUGCCAUUGUGACUCUGAAUCUUGCGUUGCAAAAGUUGAGCAACACGUUACGGUGCCGCAAGAGUUGUAUUUAA